AUUUGGUAGCAUAUUAUCAACCAAGAGAACUGAUAAUAAUACCUAAUACUCUAGCUCCUCCUUGUCCCAUCUCCAAGGAGGUAUAUUCCACAUCCACCAUGAAGGGUGAUCAAGAACUACAAGUCAUCGUUCAGCAUGGAAAAGAAUCAGACCCAACAGUUGAAGAAGAAAGAAACCAAACAGGAGAAUCUCACUCAAACAGAUACAAACGGUGGCUCCUGGUGUCUGUCUACACAUUCUUUGUCAUUUCCGGACAAUCAGUUGCUACAAUUCUAGGAAGACUAUACUAUGACAAUGGAGGAAACAGCAAAUGGCUAGCAACUGUAGUUCAACUUGUAGGCUUUCCUGUUCUGCUUCCUUAUUAUCUCUUGUCAAGCAAAACACACACAACAACUCAUAGAGAUGAUGGCAAAGCAGUCUUACAUAGGAACCGUGUCUUAGUUUACUUAGCUCUUGGGGUUCUUGUAGGAGGAGAUUGUUACCUUUACUCUAUUGGACUGCUUUACCUACCCGUUUCUACCUUUUCUCUGAUCUGUGCAUCUCAGUUAGCCUUCAACGCUUUCUUCUCUUAUUUCCUCAACUCACAAAAACUCACUCCAAUCAUUUUGAACUCUCUUUUGCUCCUAACUAUCUCUUCCACCCUCCUUGCCUUCAAUAGCGAGGAAUCAAAUUUCAAAAAAGUAACAAGAGGACAGUAUGUCACAAGUUUCAUAUGCACCAUUGGUGCUUCUGCUGGGUAUGGUCUAAGCUUAUCCUUACAACAGCUAGCCUUCAGUAAAGUCCUAAAGAGGCAAACUUUCUCAGAAGUCAUGGAUUUGAUCAUCUACGUAAGUCUAGUGGCCAGCUGUGUAAGCGUGGUGGGGCUCUUUGCUAGUGGAGAGUGGGAAACUUUGAGCAGUGAAAUGGAUAGCUACAAGCUUGGAAAGGUAUCUUACGUUAUGAACCUAGUGUGGACGGCUGUUACCUGGCAGGUAUUCAACAUUGGUAGCACGUGGCUUAUCUUCGAGAUUUCCUCUCUAUUCUCAAAUGCUAUUGGCGUUUUGGGUUUGCCUGUGGUUCCUGUACUGGCUGUCAUCAUUUUUCAUGAUAAAAUGAAUGGGUUAAAGGUGAUAUCUAUGAUCUUGGCUAUCUGGGGUUUCAUGUCCUAUGUAUACCAACACUAUCUUGAUGACAAAAACUUGAAGAAAAGUCUUGGAAUCCCAACAACCGGAUCCUCCGACUCACCAGAAGCAAAAGGGUCAAGUGCGCAAAAGAUACAAACUCCAGCGAGCUGAAGGCAGCCUACAAUAAUGAAUAAACACAAUAUAUUUGUGAUGCAACUCAAGUGAAGUCUUAGGGUGACUUAUUUUCCUAUUUGCAUCAUUGUAACAGUUAGUUGGUUUGGCUUAAACAAAUAAUGAAAUAUUGUGAUGUAGUUUUAAAAAAGACUACCUAAAUCAGAUUACCUCA